AUGGUGAAGGAGGGAAUUGUCCUGGACCACAAAGUAACUGCGCAUGGAAUUGAAGUUGACAGAGCUAAGGUUGAUGUUAUUCCUAGGCUCCCUCCCCCGACGUCGGUGAAGAGCAUAAGAAGUUUCUUGGGAUAUGAUGGGUUCAACAGGAGGUUCAUAAAAACCUUUUCCAGCAUUACCAAGCCGUUAACAACAUUGCUAGAGAAAGAUGCCAAGUUUAUUUUCAAUGUAAAGUGCUUAAGACCAUUCGAAUUGAUAAAGGAAAAGCUUGUUAGUGCUCUUAUUAUGGUGAUACCUAAUUGGAGCCAGCCAUUUGAUAUAAUGUGUGAUGCUAGUGAUGUAGCUGUGGGAACAGUUCUAGGGAAACUAAGAUACAAAAUGUUUAGGCCCAUCUACUAUGCAAGCAGGAUAUUGAAUGAUGCUCAAGUAAAUUAUGCCAAUACUGAGAAGGAAUUUUUUGCUAUGGAAUUUGCUUAUAACAAGUUUAGAUCAUACCUGGUUGGAAGUAAGGUGAUUGUACACACUGAUCACUCGUCGUUGAAAUACAUGUUGAGUAAGAAGGAAUCCAAGUCGCGUCUGAUGUGCGGUCUUCGAAAGGCCGCCUUGGUAUGGUUACCCCGUGCCCUAAAUCGUGAUCAAAGACGGAAGCUUCAAGGUGAGGUAAAAAGCAAUUUUUGGGAUGACCCUUUCUUGUUUAAACUGUGUGCAUAUGGUGUGAUCCGAAGAUGUGUGCCUGAAGGAGAAAUGGAAAGCUUUCUAUCUCAUUGCCAUGAUGGAGCAGCUGGAGGACACUAUGAUGGAAAUCGCAUUGCAGCAAAGGUCAUGGAAGCCGAUUUCUUUUGGCUUACUCUGUACAAAGAUGCAAGGGCGUAUGUAGCUUCAUGUGACAAGUGUCAGAGAGCAUGUAAUAUUAGCAAGAACGAUGAAAUGCCUCUCAACUCCAUUCUGGUAUGUGAAAUUUUUGACGUUUGGGGCAUUGACUUAAUGGGUUCGUUCCCAAUGUCGCAUUCUCAUAAGUAUAUCCUAGUAGUUGUUGACUACGUCUCUAAAUGGGUUGAAGCAAUCCCUACUAGGACCAAUGAUGCUCGGGUGGUGUUUGCAUUUUUGCGAAAAAACAUCUUUACCCAUUUUUGGACACCUCGAGUGAUUAUCAGUGACAAAGGGACACACUUUGUGGAUAAGCAGUUUGUUGCACUACUGUCCAAGUAUGGGGUCACACACAAAACAGGAACCAAGUACCAUGCCCAAACUAGUGGGCAAGUCGAAGUGGCCAACCAGAAACUAAAAUGA